CCUCCUUCUGCUCCAUCACUGCCGUUCCUCUUCCAGUCACUAGGGAGAGACGGUGAAUUGGGCGAGCCUCGCGCGCGCUUAAAGGGUCCCGUCGCAGGCUGCUCGGUUCAGAGUCUGCAGAGCACCGCCAUCCACCACACCGGCCUGGGAUGGAGAAAGCCGCCUCAGACGCGGACCCAUCCCGACAGCGGAACGGGUUCGUGGGCGCGCUGUACGGAGAGUUCACGGACACGCUCGACGACAGGGUCCGAUACUCUGUGAGCCUGACGGAGAGCGCGCUCACCAUCCAGAAGAUCUCGGCGCUACCUGGACAGACUAAGGUGGUGUUCAACUUGAGCGACUGUGUGGGCUGUCGCGCGCGCAGUGGGCCGGACAGCGCGGACGUCGGCGCCUACUUCACUGCUUAUUUUUACCCGUUCAAGAGGCGCUGGAUGAGCGCCGGGCUGACCCGCCAGAGAGUGGAGCAGUGCUUUCGGGUCGCGCUGGUCCAGGACCCGCUGGUCAACCUGCAGGAGGCUGAGAGGUGGGCUCGUGCCAUCAGAGAUGCUUCAGCGCUGCAAGCUCCACGGAGAGAUGGUGUGGUCUACACGGAGCUGCAAAGGCCUUGCAGAACCAUGAUCCUGGUGAACCCCCACAGCGGGCGGGGACAGGCGCUGCAGCUCUUCACUGGUCACGUACAGGGCAUGCUCACAGAGGCAUCUGUUCCCUACACACUUGUCAUCACAGAGCACCAAAACCACGCGCGAGAGCUGGUGAAGAAGGCUGACCUGUCACAGUGGGACGCACUGGUGAUCAUGUCCGGGGAUGGCCUGCUUUAUGAGGUGAUAAAUGGUCUGAUGGAGCGAGAGGACUGGCAGGAAGCCAUCCAGACCCCUCUGGGCAUCCUACCUGGCGGCUCCGGCAACGCUCUGGCUGCAUCCGUCCACCACUAUUCACAGUUGCCUCCUGCAUGGAAUGAGGAGCUGCUCCUGAGCUGUGGGUUCAUGCUGUGCAAAGGUCUGGUUUGUUCUCUGGACCUAGUGUCGAUCCACUUGACUUCCAGACAGCGCCUCUUCUCCUUCCUGUCCUUGGCUUGGGGCUUUGUGGCGGAUGUCGACAUCGAGAGUGAGAAGUACCGUCACGUGGGAGCUAUCCGCUUUCUGAUGGGCACCCUGGUGCGACUGGCCGCCCUCAGGGUAUACCAGGGCCGGCUGGCCUAUCUCCCUGCGAAGGACGCACCCAAAAAAGACAAAGCAAGCACAAAGGUGAAUUGCUCAAACACACCUCAGCAGGGCUUGUUCUGCUCUUCCCUGUCCUGUUCACUCGUACCCAACACUUCGUCUAAGCAGAGUCAGAAAUGCACAAACUCGAACUCCAACACCAUCACUAACUCCUCCAACCAGGCUGCGAGUAAAAACAAAUCUGAGGGGCAAAGCAAUGCUCGAACUGAAACCCUGGUGGACUCCCUCCUUCCUGACCUUGAUCAACCUGUCCCAGAAGCUUGGACUGUUGUAAAAGAACAAGACUUUGUGCUGGUGCUGGCUGUUUAUCAGUCACACCUUGCUGAGGACCUGUGGGCGGCUCCUAGUGCCAUGGUAAACGAUGGAUUGAUUCAUCUGAUCUACGUGACCGCAGGAAUAUCCCGGCCAGCUCUCUUACGCCUCUUCCUCGCUAUGGAGAAGGGCGCACACUUGGAGUGCGGCUGCCCUCACCUGGUCUACCAGAAGGUCAGGGCCCUGCGACUGGAGCCCAUCUCUGCAGAGGGCGUGAUUACCGUAGAUGGAGAGACGGUGGAGUACGGACCUGUUCAGGCUCAAAUCCAACCAGGACUAGCCAGACUCAUAAGUGGAUGACUCUUGCUCUACCUUUCUAGUUGGGCCUUCUUCACAUGCGGUGUCAACCUCCUCGUGUGCUUUCUAAAGUGCCAAAGAAUCCGCUCCUGAAAUUCCUUUAUUUUUCUACAUAGUUGUCCUAUUUUUAUGACUCCCUGCUCCCCUAGAUUAGCAAUCAAGGUUAAAGCCAUGGAGGGCUGUUCUUGCUUCAGUCUGAUCCUGGCUUUGAGGAAACAGGAGUCGAUUGUAUGAAUGUGCGAUUUUGUGUAUGAGGAUCUCUGACAGUGCGGUGGCAGAGGAAUGUAUUCUGCACUCUGCUGUCAGACUUCAACAGCACGGCACAUUUGAAGACAAGCACAUGGUCCUGUCAGGGGACGCUCCUGGCAAAACCACACCCCCUUUGCCCAACUGUACGACUCCAGGCUGACAAUCUACCCACCAGGCCAACACACAACAUGAUGUUACCUACUCAUUGAUUCAGAAAGAAUGGAGUUUUCCUACUGAGGAGAGUAGAUUUUUCAUCAUUAGAUUUACCUUUAAAGACCCAUUCUGAUGAAAAUUAUGUUUUUGGUGUUUUUAACAUGUUCUUGUCCCAUUUUUUCGCGA